AUGACCCGGGAAUUCACUCACGGGGCAACCGCAACUUGUCGCCAGGAGCGAAGAGCGAAGCGCUUCCGUCGUGCACCUGCGCGAGGAAGGAAGGAAACAUCUCGUCCCAUCAUACCAUUACCAAUUUCAUGCCAAACGGCGGCGGAAGGCAAUGGAGACGACAACCUAGCACUGCGUAUCGGCUCGAUCUUCAUCAUUCUCUGUAUUUCUUCUGCAGCAUGCACAUUCCCCAUCCUGGCUGCUAGACUUCCGGGACUACGGAUCCCUCCGGUCAUCUUGUUCGGUGUGAGGCACUUUGGCACCGGUGUUCUCAUCGCCACCGCUUUCGUCCACCUGCUACCGACGGCUUUCAGACUUCUGGGCGAUCCCUGCCUCUCCUCCUUCUGGACGGAAGAUUAUCCUGCGGUAUGGAAACCUCUGUUUCUGAAUCCCGAAGCCCCCGUUAUCAAGCCCCCUUCUGCUUUUGUUAGCCCUGUACUGAUUGACGGCUCGAUAAUGUUGUUGCAUCCCGCCCGCAGGGAUUUACCGGAGCCAGCGAGUGAAGACACCGGAGGUUCAGGGGGAGCUGCCUCGGGGGGUAACGUCGAACAUGGCCAGCUAGUCAACAGCAGUGGCGUCACUGUCACCUCGGACCAGAAACGCAAGAAACAAGCUAUACACUGCUGUCUGCUGGAAAUGGGGAUCUUAUUCCACAGCUUAUUUAUUGGCAUGGCGCUGAGCGUAACCAUUGGUGGCAACGCAUUUGUCGUCCUACUCAUCGCAAUAGCCUUUCAUCAGACAUUCGAGGGUCUCGCACUGGGAGCAAGGAUAGCCGCAGUCGAAUGGCCGCACAAUAGCCUACAGCCUUGGUAUAUGGCGGUAGCCUUUGGCUGCACUGCUCCAAUCGGUCAAGCCAUCGGUUUGGCCACGCGGUCAGCUUACAGCCCCGAGUCGGAAGUAGGCUUGAUAUUGGUGGGAGUAAUGAAUGCACUUUCAUCCGGCUUCCUGAUUUUUGCCUCCCUCGUCGAGCUUCUAGCAGAGGAUCUCCUUACCGACGAGAGCUGGCGUGUGUUGCGAGGGAAACGCCGCAUGUGUGCAUUCCUCCUGGUCAUCGGCGGCGCCUUUGCUAUGAGCCUCGUUGCUGCCUGGGCUUGA